GCUACGUGUCUGAACAGCCUCAAAACUCUUAAAGAAAUUUUCUAAAUUUUUCGUUCCCAUAUCCCAGAAAUUUUUUUUAAAAUCAAAAUCUCCAUCAUCAUCAUCAUCAUCUUGUUCUUCAUCGUCUUCUUUCAUGCUAGUGACCGUCGGGAACAAAGCGGAGUUGUUGAACUUAAAGUGCUUGGCGUAAGGAACGUUGUAAGCCUUGAUUGCAUCAAGAACGCUUGGCUUCUGUCCGUCAGCAAAAGUAAUCAUCAUGAAGAUGUUUUUUGCAAUAUCAUGUCCAAAAAUGGUAAGUAUUGCAUCAAAGAUGUACUUCUGUACAUGGGUCAAUCGUGCUUGAGAAGCUUGGGUUACAAAACCAAUUCCAUCAAGAUGAUCAAUUCCACCGUCAGUGCAGGGAACGGAAAAGAAUUCGUUGAUUUGUUUCAUGAUCUCCUUGUCUCGUUUGAGCCCACUUGUGUCCCCGAAUCCAGGUGUGUCAAUGAUCGUGAGAGUGUAAGCACAUGGUGAGCCUUCGUGCCAAUAAAUCGUGUAAGCAGUGAUGGUACGAGUGACACUAUUCACCUGAGAGGUAGGCUGUUCAACAAUUAAUUUGAAGCGAAAUGGAUCAUCCCAUUGAACUCCAAAGAGGUAGUUCACAAUUGCGUUGAUGAGAGUGCUCUUCCCAGCUCCAGUAGCACCUAGUAUCAUUAACACCUUUUCAUCAACCUUUCCUACUGGCUUCCUUCCGAUAUAGUAUUUAGCAAUAUUCGAAACUGCUGGAAAUCUCUGUCCUGGACGCCAUUUCAAUUGAUAGAUGUUGUUCUUUGAAUCGAUGAGAGUAGAGUUGACUAUGCUUUGCAUACGUUCUGCUAGCCGCUUUGUCAAAAAAGCAUCGACACUUGCAGAGGUGUCGGUGGCACUCGCUGAAGAGACAUAUUGUUUCAUGGGAGGUGUUGCUGAGCCAUUGUUUAAAGAGCUAGAUCUAGUUGUAGAUGCUCGGAUCGGUUUUGCUGCAACAGUUGGAGGACCCACUUUACUUGUAAACAUAAUGAUCGUGAUGUGGUGACAGAUGAUCAGUUCAAGUUCAGUUGUUGAGUGAACUGGUAUAACAGGGGAAUGCGCUGAAUAUCUAGUAACAAGAGGACAAACAGCCAUUGGAAGAACAGAGCGCGCAGCGCCGGUGUGACCUUACAUGUAGAUAGUUGGGUCGGCCUGGAUUCGAGGCUAGGUCACCCCCAACUAAUGUGCAAUGCGCUAUUGUCUGGGGCCCUAUUGUCUGUGGCGGCGCUGGCGGCAUGUCUAUUUUGCUACUGCCGUGCCAGGCGCUUUUUGUCAUGCACACAAUAUAGAUCUACAUGCAUUCUCUCAGCUCAUAUUUUUUCACUGCUUAGAAUUUAGCAAAUCAAAAAUUGCUAGAUUCCGUAUCAAUCUCUUCCCUUCUGUAUUGAUUCCAUCAUGUCUGCAACAACUAAACAGACACAAACGAUUGACAGAGAUAUAAUAUCCCAACAAGCUGUAAACGAAGUGCCUUCUCCUCCGACUGUUGCGACACAAACAAACAAAGGAGCUGAUAAAUCCCAACCACCAGCUGCAAGCAAAGUUCUCCUCGCGACUGUUGCGACACAAACAAUUGAUAAAUCCCAACAACCAGCUUCAAGCAAAGUUCCCCCCUCGACUUUUGAAACACAAAUUGAUGUAGCUGAUAUAUCCCAAUCACCAGCUGCAAGCAAAGUACCACAAACAAUCGACGGAGCUGAUAUACCCCAACCAGCUGCAAGUGAAGUGAACCCUCCGACUGUUGUAACACAAACAAACAACAAAGCUGAGAAACCUAAAUCAACUGCAAGUGAAGUGCCACCCCCAACUUUUGUGACACAAACGAUCGACAGAGCUGAUAUAUCCCAACCAGCAGCUGCAAGCAAAUUGGCUGUUGCGACCGACGGAGCUGAUGUAUUCGAAACAGCUGCAAGCAAAGUGCCACCCCCGACUUUUGUGACACAAAAAAUUGGCGGAGCUGAGUCUACUACAAUCAACCCUAGCUCAGCAGUUGGCGUUGCUAUUUUGGGAAUUGCUUCACCCUCAGACAUAUCAACUGAAAAAUCAAUUGAAGCGGUUAAUUCAACAACAGAACCCACCAAAAAACCUGCAACGAAUUCCUCUUCAGCAAGUGCCUCAUCAACUGAAAAAUCAAUUGAAGUGGUUAAUUCAACAACCGAACCCACCAAAAAACCUGCAACGAAUUCCUCUUCAGCAAGUGCCUCAGGAUUUUCUGCAAUUGAUACUCCUCUGGCAAAGCCACUUAGUCUAGCAGAACGUAUGCAAAGCAAAACCCAAUCCACCCUUAUUGAUCGGGAAAACAGCAUCUAUGAAUUGAAAAUGCGAGCAGGAAAGAAAUUCCCAUCAAAUUUGAAAAUUGCUAGACGCUAUAUCGGAAGGAAAACAGUGGGAUGUGUGAACGAAAAGGUGUUAAUGAUAGUAGGUGCUACUGGAGCUGGGAAGAGCACUCUCAUCAAUGGAAUUGUCAACUAUCUUUUUGGAGUUCAAUGGGAUGACGCAUUUCGCUUCAAGAUGAUUGUUGAACAGGCUGGUACUCAAAUAAAUAGCAUUACAAAUACCAUCACUGCUUACACGAUUUAUUGGCAAGAAGGCUCACCAUGUAAUUACACUCUCACGAUCAUCGACACGCCUGGAUUCGGUGACACCAGUGGGCUUAAACGAGACAAGGAAAUCACGAAGCAAAUCAAAGAAUUUUUUUCCAUUUCCUGCGAUGUUGGUGGAAUCGACCAUCUCGAUGGAAUUGGUUUUGUAACUCAAGCUUCUCAAGCACGACUGACCCACACACAAAGGUAUGUCUUUGAUGCUAUACUUGCCAUAUUUGGAAAUGAUAUUGCAAGCAACAUCUUCAUGAUGAUUACUUUUGCUGACGGAAAGAAGCCCCCUGUUGUCGACGCAAUCAAGGCUAGCAACAUCCCUUAUUCCAAAUAUUUCAAGUUCAAUAACUCCGCUUUAUUCCCGACCGUUGCUGACAAAGAAGAAGAUGAUGAGGGUGACUUUGACGAACUGUUCUGGGCAAUGGGAAUGAAAAGUCUGAAAAAUUUCUUUAAACAUUUUGAGACUGCUCAGCCACGUAGCCUCCAGCUCACUCGAGAAGUACUUGAAGAACGACAACGUCUUGAGACCAAUGUUAAUGGUCUCCAACCACAGAUCAAUCAAGGUCUAGCAAAAAUGGAAGAAAUGAGAAAGGAAAGGAAGAUUAUCGAAGACCAUGAAGCAGACAUUGAAACGAACAAAGAAUUUAAGUACAAAAUUAAACUGAUCAAGCAGAGAAAGGUUAACACUCCUGCAAAACAUUAUGUAACUAAUUGCUUGACAUGUAAUCGAACCUGCCACAAGUCAUGUAUAUAUUCCAAUUCCGAAGAUAAAUACCAAUGUUCUGCAAUGGAUGGGGGAGGACCUAGCAAUGCUUCGUGCACUGUAUGUCCAGGGAAAUGUGGAUGGAGAAAACAUGUUAACAAUCCCUAUUAUUUCGAACUCUAUGAACAAGAAGAAGAACGAACAUCUCAAGAGCUGAAACUGAAAUUUGAUGCUGCCCUACAAGGUAAAUCGAUGGCCGAGCAGAUGCUCCGACAGUCAGAGCACCGUCUUGAUCAACUGGACCAAAUGGUCAUGAGCAUGAUCCGACAAGCUCAGCAAAGUCUAAACCGUCUCGGUGAGAUUGCCCUGAAGCCGAAUCCACUGAGUGAAGUGGACUACAUUGAGCUGAUGAUCGAAUCUGAGAAAACUGAGUUCAAGCCAGGUUGGAUAGAGCGUGUGCAGUAUCUGGAGGAGGCCAAGAAAGAAGCAAAAAUUACUAGAGAGAUAGCAAAAGCUGAGAUUACCACUACCAAGCAAAAGUUUGCGCGUUUAUGGGAGAAAAUCAGUAGCUGGUGGAACUAAUCUGAA